AUCCCGGGCCAGGCGGACACCGAGGCCAUCACCGCCGUCGCCUUCAGCCAGUGCAAGAGCUACGUGGCCGUCGCGGAACGCGCGGAGAGGGGUGUCAUCACCGUUUACGAUCUCACCACGACGACGGGCUCGCCCAGGAAGCGCGUGCUCGCGUCCACCGACGUCGGGUCCAAGGAGUACGUGAGCGUCGCCUUCUCCCCCGACGGCAAGUGGGUCAUCGCGCAGGGCGGCGCCCCCGAAUGGAACGUGACGCUGUGGAACUGGGAGCGGUGCAAGCAGCUCGCGUGCGUGCCUGCCAAGCCGCUCGGAUCGGACGCGGGCGCCGUUCGCCAGGUGAGAUUCGCCGCGCACGACCCCGGUCUGGCGUCGUGCGCGGGCGAGGGCCUCUUCCGCACGUUCAAGUGCGCGGAAUCCGGGGUCAGGGCGCUUCCGGAUGUUAAGCUCCCGCCCGCCAAGUCGGGCGCGAUUAAGAAUUACACGGCGCACUGUUGGCUUCCCGACGACGCCGAGGUGACGGACGGCGGGGAGGAGGGAGCCGAGCGCCGCGAGCGGUGCAUCCUGGCGACGGACGGCGGGGAGUUGCUGGUCGUCGAGCUCAACGAGGUCAAGGCGACGAUACCGGCUUUGAGCGACUGGAAGGGUGUCGACUGCGUGAUUCCCUACGGCGCCGGCGGGUUUGUGUGCGGCGGCGCGGACGGGACCGUGAGCGUCUACGAAAAGACGGACGAGAAGGAGCUCUACAAGCGCGUGAAGCACUUCGUGAUCAAGCAGUCGCCCGGCGCGAGGGUGACGGCGCUCGCGCUAUCCCCGACGGACGAGACUUUGCUGUGCUCCACCGACGAUAACCAGAUGUACGAGGUUGACAUGUCCAACGUCGACGUCGUGAAGAGCGAGGACAUCGAGUGCCAACUGUUCACGCAGGGGCACCACACGCAGGGCGUGACGGGCGUGGAUCUGUGCGUGCGUAAGCCGCUGGCGGUGACGUGCUCGAGCGAUAAGUCCGUGCGCGUGUGGAAUUACUUGGACAAGGCUGACGAGAUUUGCAAGUACUUCGCGGAGGAGGCGCACAGCGUCGCGUUCCACCCCAGCGGGCUGCACGUUCUGGUGGGGUUCAGCGACAAGCUCCGGCUGUGUAACCUGCUCAUGGACGACAUCAGGCCGUACCGCGAGUUCAGCAUCAAGGGCUGCCGCGAGUGCUCCUUCAGCAACGGCGGCAAGUAUUUCGCCGCCGUGAACGGGCCCGUGAUCCAGGUGUAUAACAUGUACACGUGCGAGAACGUGGGCAACUGCCGCGGCCACGGCGGCAAGGUGACCGGCAUCGCCUUCUCCGCCGACGAUAAGCGCCUGUUAUCUACCGGCCUGGACGGCGCCGUGUACGAGUGGUCCCUGUCCACGUUCCAGCGCGAGAAGGAGAACGUCAUCAAGUCCAACGAGUACGCCUCCGUCGCGAUCGCUCCCGACGAUACUUACGUCUUCGCCGUCGGCUCGGACGCGACGCUCAAGCAGCUCGACGGCGAGGACCUCAUGCUCAACGAGGAGUUCGCCCUCACGGGGACCGGCGGUGAUGGCGGCCAAACCCAAACCCAAACCUUCACGCGCGUCCGGCUCACCAACGGCGGCAGACGGCUCUUCGCCGCGACGUCCACGGGGGCUGUGAGGGCGUACGAGUUGGACGGCGGCCGGAUCGCUGGCGAGGGCAAGGAGUUCAAGGAGCUUCGGUGCCACACGGGUCCAGUGACGGGGAUGCGGGUCAACUUCGACGAUACCCUGCUCUUCUGCGUCGGCGAGGACGGGGUGUUGUCCGUCUUUGACGUCAAGGAGCGCGCGAUGGAGGGCGCGACGAAGGCUGGCGAGGGGAUGGUGUUUGCUCAGGAGGUGCUCAUGACGAAGGCUGACCUCGAGGAUAUUCGCAGCAGGAUGCACGAGCUCGAGGUUCAGGUCAACGAGCUCACCCUUCAGGGCGAGUACCAGCUUCGCCUUAAGGACCUAAACAUGAACGAGAAGAUCAAGGAUCUCACCGACAAGUUCCAGGGCGAACUCGAAGGCGAGCGGUCCAAGUACGACGCGCUGCUCCAGGAGAAGAACGAGCUCGAGAUGGAUUUCGCGGACCAGAUGAAAACCACCGAGAACAAGCACGCGCAGGCCACGGCCGCAACCGAGUCUUCGUUCCAGAACAAGAUCCUGAACGAGAUCGAGCGGUACCAAGCGCUCGUGGAGGAGAAGGAGGAGCUCAACCGCGGAUGGGACGAGCAGAACACCGCACUCGCCGAGUCGCAUGAUCGCCUCGUGGCGGAUCUCACCGAGGAGUUUGCCGGUAAACUUCAGGAAGAGCAGAUGCACUCGGAGACUCUUCGGCUGCAGCUGGAGGAGGCCCGCGCGGCUGCGAAUGAGCGCGAGAACCAGCUCGAGGAGGACGCCGACCUCGAGAUUGACGAGCUCAAGGAAAAGUACGAAUUAAGGCUCAAGGAACAGCGCGACGUGUCGCUGAGGUUGAAGGGCGAGAACGGCAUCAUGAAGAAGAAGUUCACCACCAUGCAGAAGAGCAUCGCGGAGCAGAAGGACGAGAUUGCCGGUCUCUUCACCGAUAAGAAGAACCUGUACGCCACGAUCGCAGAUCUGGAGAAGGACGUCGCGGGCCUUAAGCGCGAGAUCCGGGACAGGGACGAGACGAUCGGGGACAAGGAGAAGCGAAUCUACGACUUGAAGAAGAAGAACCAGGAGCUGGAGAAGUUCAAGUUUGUCCUCGACUUCAAGAUCAAGGAGCUCAAGCGGACUAUCGAACCCCGCGAGCAGGACAUCUCGGAUAUGAAGAAUCAGAUCACUGAGAUGGACAAGGAGCUGGAGAGGUACAACAAGAGCAACACCCACCUCGACCUCACCAUCAAGGACCUUCGCAACAAGCUCCUCGGGAUGGGCCAGGACGUCAAGCGCAAGCAGAAGGCGAUUGAGGACCGGGACUCUGCAAUUCAUUCGUUCCAGAAGGAUCUCCACGAGGCCACGAAACACGUCCAGACGCCCAAGCGACUCGCCGAGGAGGUCAAGUCCCUGUACGCGAAGCACAUGACGCAGAAGAUCGACGACAAGCCCCCCGACAAGGACAUCCAGCGCGAGUACAAUCGCCAGCGAGAGUACCUGGAGAAGACCAUCGAUCAGUUCAAGCGCAAGCUCGCGAAGGACGUCGAGACGCACAAGAAGGACAACAUGGCGCUGAUGA